CAGUGAAAAUUUGAAGAAGCAGAGGAAGAAAGACCAUAUUACCGAAGCUUCCAACAAACAGACUAACUUUAUGGGUUUUUAGGAGAGGGAGGAAACAAGAAUUCUCUGAAACUAUUUUAUUUGUUCUUUAAUUGUUUCAGAUCUCCCUCUCCCAAUUCCCAACAAACAGUAGUUCUUGCAACUUGCUCAGUUUUUGUAAUUUUUUAGAAGGAACAAUUAUUCUUUCAGAUUCUGUAUUUAAUGCGUUUUUGACCGUGUAUAUAUAUAAAGAAGAAGUUAGAAGAGUAAAGUGAAGCAAUUAUUCUUACAGAUUGAGUAUUUGAUUGUGUGUAUAAAUAUUGGAGAAGUAAGAAGAAGUGACAGGGAGAGAGGAUGGGGUUUUCGGAGAAUAGUAGAGGAUUAGUUCUAGCAAUAGUAUCAAGCUUGUUCAUUGGAACGAGUUUUAUAUUGAAAAAGAAAGGUCUCAAACGUGCUGCUGCUGCUGCUGCUGCUGGAACUCGUGCAGGAAUUGGAGGUUAUACUUAUUUGCUUGAACCCCUUUGGUGGUCAGGCAUGAUCACAAUGAUUGUUGGGGAGGUUUCCAAUUUUGUGGCUUAUAUUUAUGCUCCGGCGGUUCUUGUGACCCCUCUUGGUGCAUUGAGUAUAAUUAUCAGUGCUAUCUUGGCGCACUUUAUGUUGCGGGAACGAUUACAACUGUUAGGUGUGGUGGGAUGCAUAUUGUGCAUUGUAGGAUCUGUGGUAAUUGUUGUACAUGCACCUCAGGAGCAUAUGCCGACUUCUGUGCAAGAAAUCUGGAUUUUGGCAAUUCAACCAGCAUUUUUGAUUUAUGUAGCAGCAACAAUAUCCAUAGUAGUAGCUUUGAUGUUGCAUUUUGAGCCUCGUUAUGGGCAGACGAACGUACUGGUCUAUUUGGGAAUAUGUUCCUUAAUGGGUGCACUUACGGUUGUCAGCAUAAAGGCUAUUGGAAUUGCAAUAAAACUUACUUUGGAAGGAAUUAGUCAGAUUGCCUAUCCGCAGACUUGGUUUUUUCUAGCUGUUGCAGUCAUCUGUGUCAUCACACAGUUGAAUUAUCUAAACAAGGCACUGGAUACAUUCAAUGCUGCAAUUGUUUCUCCAAUAUAUUAUGUAAUGUUCACCACUUUGACCAUCAUGGCAAGCGCAAUAAUGUUCAAGGAUUGGGCUGGACAAGAUGCUAGCAGUAUAGUAUCUGAGAUAUGUGGAUUUAUCACAGUACUUUCAGGAACAGUCGUACUUCAUGUGACUAGAGAACAGGAACCAGCAACUACACCAGGAAAUAUAUCGUGGUAUGAUGGCGAAGAUAUAAAGGUUAUGGAGAAUGGACAUUACAUAAUGUUGAAUGAUUCAAACUAUUUCCGCUGAGUUGAUCUCGUGGCUAUCGAUUCUAGAUCUUGAUCGCAAAAGUUGAAGUUGUAUCCGUAACUGAUGCUUGAUUUAUUUUUUUUGUGGAAUGAGAAUUCUUCUUUAAGCUCAGAAAUGUCGAGCUUUACAAUUGGGAGGAAAGUUUUCCUACGAGCACAAUUUUGGGAAAAGGCUACUAGUCGAGGUCACCUUGUAUAUGAAGCUUGGAAUGGAUUCUUGAAGAAGCCUUGACCAAAAUGUACACUUGGACAUGCUUUUCUUGCAGACCUGCUGUUCGAAUGGUGGUGUCAUUUCUUUGAGCUUGUUUUGUGGAGUAUUUUAGUUGAUUCAUGUUGUAAUUUAUUGAGCCAUCUUAUUGUUGUAACAUAUUAGUCAUUGUUUUAGCUUGAGAUUAUAACAUAGUGCAGAAAGUUGCAGCAGUAAGUUAGGAUGGUAUUCUUUUGUAAGAUAGUAAACCAAGCCUUUGUAAGCAUUUGUUUUGGAGACUGACACAUUAUGUACUUUGUGGAGUUUAUAAUUUAGAAGUAAGAAGAUUGUUAAAGC